AUGACGAAUGCUCGCAGGACGGACGAAAUCUACAAGGCCCUUACCGCGGUGCAUCCUUCGCAUGCUCGAACUAGCGCUGCUGCUGAAGAUGAAUAUUCCGACGUCGACCCCGAAUGCAACGAGGCUAUCAUGAGCUUCAGCCUGGAUACUCCUCCGGGACCGGGAUACUGCGCAGUUCCCUUCCACCCCAGCCCUCUUCAUAGCGCCAAUGGCCGCGACGUCCGCUGGGAGCCUUCCUUCAAGUCGUUCAUCUUCGUCCGGUCGAGUAAGGAUCGAGCUGGCGGCGUGUACACCGACGAGAACGAUAUGAGAUUCGCUAUACAAGGCCUCCACCCCCAGCCAGAGUUCGAGCCGAUGACGAGCUUCCUCGACUGCCUUGAGCUGUGGAAAGCCGACUGCCGCAGCGGUGUUCAUGGUCAGGUUGGCCCGCCAACCCCGAAGGCGCCGGAGUCUCCUCUCAAAACCAUUCAGUCCCGCAGCUCGAGCGCGCUCCCCUUCACCCCACCGAACUCGCCCUGUACAUUGCCCUCAAUCUUCCGAUCCCCCCGUCGGACUGCAGGCCCAUCCCCAGGCAUGGCUCCGAUGGCUUAUGGUGGUGCACGCUCUUCGGACAUCAUCUCUCCUGCGCCUGUCACACCGUCCAGAGUCCGGGGACCCUCCAGUCCUCUCAAUCCCGCUGUGGCUGGCCUGCGAGCACGGCCUGCGGUUUUACCAGGUACUCCCGCUGCGGUAGUCAUGCCGCCCCGCACAUCGCGCAAUCAAAACGGCCUGGAUGUCGUGCAGCGCGGUCCUCCUCCACCGUACCCUUCCUCGCUUCGUGGACCAUCCAGUGUCCCGAGCGUGCCGUCGGUGUUCACACUGCCUUCCUCUGCGGCGACAACUUCCGUAUCUCCAUCCGCGGCAACGUCCCUUACACCGCCCACAGCCACGGCUGUGAUGCAGCCCUCCUCGGCUUCGACUCCUACGUCUGCUCCGGCUUUCAGCCGCUUAGGGCCUGCGGGACCGCAUCCUCCUUCCACCUUCAUUCAGCCGGUCUGGCUCUCUCAAGAUUCUCAGGGUCUUGGGCUGAUCCUGACGCGCAAUUGUGCGUACGCGAGGGACCUCCAUGCGACCCAUGGCAACAUCGACGUCGUCACCGACUCCGACAAGCUCAACCGCAUGCGAAGGAUGUGGUCUAAUGACCAUUACUGCCUAUCUGCCCCCACCAUUCCCCGUGUUUUAGCGAAGGAUGUCAACGGAGGGCAACAGAUUCCGCGAUUCCAAGGUACGCCGUGUAUCCGCGCUCGCCUUCGCGCUAAGAUCCACGCCGUGCGUUGCAACGUCCAGAUUCAGGGAGUCGAGAAGUCCUACAACCUUACUUUUGUGUAUUCAAGCGCGACUGCUUGGUCUCACCACCAACGGUGUUUCCCGGCGUGCACGCACCCACUCACUCGCUCAUAUCAGGCCACCCGGAAAGAAGUCAUUGACGGUGGAUUGUUCCAGGCGCACUCGUAUCUACAUGCCAGGCCCCUGUUCGUCAACUCACCACCUCAAUCGCUGUACUUCACGAUAUCUGCAAUGGGCAAGCGAGCGAAGGCGAAGGACGAUCCGACUAGGCGUGCUCCGGGGCCCACCCACUGGGUUGUCGGCGUCAAGCGUGCGUUCCUCAAGCGCCACCAGGCGGAGUUCGAGGCAUCGAAGAAUCGCGGCCAGUUCUACGACAGAAUCACCACCAAAUUCAUGAUGAAGUUCGGCCCCGGCUUCGACCUCUCGACCGACCUUGAAGAAGACCUCCCCGAUCCUGACGCCGACGAUAUGACUGAGGACUACUCGGACCUCACUCCAGACGAGGUGAAGGCCGCGAAGGAGUACCGCAAGCGCCUGCGUUCGAAAAUCGGCUCGUAUUACCGUGGCGAGGUGAACAAGAUCAAGCCUACAGACACCCAGGAACACAUCAACGAGCUCUUCACAGACCAUACUCAGGCGCAGGUUCCGAGGCGGUCCGUCCCCACGCACAUUGUCCAGUACUACUCGAAGUUAUACUACUCAGCUCGAGUGAAGUCCGUCUUUGAGGCGGUGUUCGUAAAGGAGAGGGAGAAGGCGGACGCGGACCUCGCUAGAUGGGAUGAGAUGGGUGUGGAUCCGCCGGAGGGGUGGAAGCACCCGGUCGCGCUGUCUGUCCGCAACAGGGUCACCGCAGAGUGCUGGGAGCGGGAGACGGAGUCUUUCAAGGACUCGGUCGUGCGCGCUCACCAGGAGGAGGUGGAGCGCCAGAAGGCGGCCUUCGAGACUGCCAUGCGCACGCCGAAGGUCCUUACAACGCCUGAGGAUUUCCAGCACGCAAUUUCGACGGCGGGGCUCUACCUCCAGCCGCUCAUGGACGCCGUCAACACCAACGCCAGUCUCUGUGCGUCGAUCUUUCUCUUUGGUCCUAUGCCGGAUGACGGGGGUAAAUUGGGUGUCUUGAGUGCGCAUGCCGGAGUGACUCGUGGUCUCAACUCUCAGAUUCUCCCCUACUUCGACCCUGACGGCCUCUCCGAUAUCGAAACAAUCUUGAUUGACUUCGCAAAAAAUUGCUACAGCGACCCUGAGUGUCUCAGGCGCUCACUUUCCGAUGCUAGGUCCCGCCGUGCGAUCUCUGGGAUGACGCCCAGAGAGUCUAUUCUACCUGUGUCGACUCCAGCUUCACCUUCUGCUCGCGAGUCUUCACCGCCUCGGCAGCCGCUUGCGCGUCUCCGCCGUGCAGGCGAGACCGCUCCCACCACUGCUAGUGAUUCAGCGCACUCCCCGGCUCCGGCACAUCAACAUCAGCUCAUUCCCGAAGCUUCGCCCACCAAGACCUCUGCCGACCCAUCGUCGCUGUUUGAUGAUGAUGAUGUCGAGAUGGUCGACGUCUAUCCAGCGACAGACACAUCACGUCCUGAUGUGUCGAUGGACGCGGACUUCGACGCGACGCCUGCGGCAGCACCCAUGAGGACGGGUGGAACACCUGAUGUGGAGGUGGAUGGCUUGCUUGACGCGGAGAUGGUGGUGGAGACUGGCGCAAGCGUGGAGGUGAUGCCUGACGCGACGAAUGGCGCGAAGGCAGACGCGAUGCCUGACGCGACGAUUGGCGCGAAGGCAGACGCGACGCCCGACGCGACGAAUGGCGCGAAGGCAGACGCGACGCUCAACUUCAACGAGGAGACGGAUGCGGAGGCUGGCACGAUGCCCGACGCGACGAUUGGCGCGAUGCCCGACGCGACGCCCGACGCGAUGCCCGGCGCGACGAUUGGCGCGACGCCCGACGCGAUGCCCGACGCGACCGCAGCCUCGCCGGCCUUGGAUGCGACUCAUGACAUGGCAGAUGCAUUGUCGAAGGAUCCCAGCGCUACGCCUGCUGGAGUAUCUCCGUCAGACCUUGCCGACAUCGCCAAGGGACGGGAGGAGGAUGUGUGGAAAUGUAAGAUGCCAGUGGGAUGCCCUCCUCAUAUCGCUGGCAUCUUCUUGGCCUGCUCUCGUGGUCAGGAAUGGGGCUUUGAGUUUGCGCGUGCGGUCACCGCUUAUCUGGCGCUCGAGCGCUCGUUGGCUUUCCCGAUUCUCAACCAUGGCCGUCUUGUCCUCGCUGGAAGCAUCAGGCCCUCCAUCUACCGUGAUUGGGUUGUUGGAAAGAGGGACUUCGGCCACGUCGUCGACAUCGGUGAUCCACAGGUGUUCGGUACCAAGUGGUGGACAUGGUGGGAGGCGAUGCAGCCACCCCUGCGGGUCUCGCCCGCCGGCGAUCUUCUGGCUGUCGACGUUGUUGCAGCUGAGGCGACUCAUUUGGCUCAGUGGGGUCAUCUGGAGAAGUGCUGCGGGCGCGACGGACUGGUUCAGUUUCUCCUCACCCUAGUCUGGUGGGGCGAUGUUGUCAACGAUCCGGACCAGCGUGUUGCGCACGUAGCUCGUCGCCUUGAGUGGGAACUUGCCGUGCAAGACUUCCGCGAGGUUUUGGAGGCGUUGAUGUCGGCGCCCGACUUCAAGAGGAUUGCUGCGAAGCGAGCCGCAGGCAUCGACUACACAAUCAACAUGUCUUCGAAGCACGGUCUCAACGACAACGACAAGAACAAGCCGCCUUCGAAGAGGGCAAGGACCGCCCUGUUGGAUCGGGCCGUUGGACCUGCGCCUGCGAAAGCUCGCCCUCGUACGCAAGUCUCAAACGAGAACAAGGCACCUCAACCGCAACUACCAAGUGCAACUGUCGCCGCCGCAACUCGCCAGUCGAGCAGGAAGCGCUAUGUCUCGGUCUCCGUCCUUCGCACGCGCGAAUAG